UGAAUAAGUAGAUUUAGAUUUGGCCUUUAAACUCUGAAGAUUUUUGAGGAAAAAGGAGACGAGGAAAGAUGGCCUUUAAAUCUUUAAACUUCGAAGAUUUAGCCUUCUUCCUUGUUAUCAUUGAACCAGCUUCGCAAGCCCAAACCAUGAAAUCAAUUCAAUAUGACCUAUAUAUAUAUAUAUAUAUAUAUGUGUGUGUGUACUUGUAUUAGACUGAUUUUUUGGAACCCACUGAUGCAUGUUUAGGUGUACCCAUUAAUUGUCUUAUACCCAAAUUAGCAAUCUUAAUGAUUUUGACUAGUUUGAACUCCCACAUCAAAUCAAACCUCCCAAAAGAAGAGCAAAAAACACAGAGAUAAAGACGACCAAGUUUUACCCCCACCACCAUUGCCCCCUCCCUGGCCUCUUCUUCCAUCUGUUUUUUUAGAUAGAUACUAGAAAGUAGAUAGAUACUAGUUCUCUCUUUCUCUCUCUGUCUCUCUCGCAUGCAUCUUGGUGGUGUUGGUGGUGGUGGUGAUGGCUGAUUCUGGAGGUAAUAGUAUUAUAAUGAGGGACUACAGGAAAGGCAACUGGACACCCAAUGAGACAAUGAUUCUGAUUGAGGCAAAGAAGAUGGAUGACGAGAGAAGAAUGAAAAGAAGUGGGGACAGCGAAGGGAGGAACAAAUCUGGAGAGCCAAGAUGGAAAUGGGUUGAAGAUUACUGUUGGAGAAGAGAUUGUCUGAGGAGCCAAAACCAGUGCAAUGACAAAUGGGAUAACCUUAUGAGGGAUUACAAGAAAGUGAGGGACUACGAGAGGAAGAUAGGUGGUGAGGAGAAGGCAGGAGGGUCUUAUUGGAAGAUUGAGAGGAAUGAGAGGAAAGAGAGGAACUUGCCCACCAAUAUGUCGCCUCAGAUAUAUGAUGCUUUGGUGGAGGUGGUGGAGAGGAAGGGAGUAGUAGUUACUAGUACUCAUCAGAGGGUGGUUGUAUCUGCUAAUUCUUCCAAUCCCAAUACUAGUAGUGUUUUUGUUCCUCUAAUAUUCCAGCAGCAGCAGCAUCACAUAUCUACUAGCACUACUACUCCCCUUCCGCCAUUACCACUACCAUCUCCUCCUCCACCACCACCACUAGCGGCACAGCCUCUUCCUGCUGCUCUCACUUAUUCUGAUCACCCAAUGCCCCCUACCACAAUGCGUGAUAGCUCAGAUUUUGAAACGAGUGAGCAUUCAGAGUCGCCGGCAAAGAGGAGGAGGAGGAGAAAAGGAAGCGCAAGUGGGGGAGAGGGAACCAGUGCAAAUGAAGUGGGGACUGCCAUCUCCAAAAGCGCUUCCAUCAUAGCAGAAGCCCUUCAGGCCAGCGAGGAGAGAGAAGAGAAGCGGCACAGAGAGCUUUUGAGUAUGCAUGAAAGAAGGCUCAGGAUUGAGGAAUCUAAGACAGAGAUAAGCAGGCAAGGCGUUAAUGGGCUCGUUGAUGCCAUCAACAAGCUUGCCGAUUCCAUCCAUGCCUUGGCGGAACACCACAACAACCAACCCCCUCCUCGUUCCUAAAUGAUGUUACCACUGAUUAAUUAAAUAAACUACAUUUUUAUAUAUACCUAAGCACCACCUAAGCUAAGAUAGGGAAUUAUAUUAUUCCAUUUCCUUGGGUUGUACAUAAUUCAUGAUCGAUUAUUCCAUUUCUGCAUGCUCCAUCGAUCUAUUUGCAUCGAUCUUGAAUUCGAUUAUUCACUUCUCUCUCUCUCUCUCUCUCUCUCUCUC